AACAUGGUCUUUCCGUGGUUAUACUUCCCACCGACCAACCUAGAACCCAAAACAGGCCAUAUAUAUAACCCAAAAAUGCAAGUCAUAACCAUCAAGUCUCAACACAUGGACUUCCACCGGUUCCACGAAACAUGGUACCACCAACUCCACCACCAGAUCCGCCACCUCACCGAGGCUCCCCGCCCUCCCACCACCGACGACCACCGUGAUCAACUCACCCUACACAUCAACAAACUCAUGUUCCAUUUCUCCGAGUACUACCGAGUCAAGUCACUCGCCGCUAACCAAGACGUCUUAUCAAUAUUCUGCGCCCGCUGGGCUUCAACCCUCGAACGCUCCCUCUUUUGGAUCGCCGGGUGGCGCCCGACGACCGCUUUUCACCUUAUUUAUACUGAAUCCAGCGUCCUUUUCGAGUCGCGGAUGGUCGAUAUUCUACACGGUAUCCACACCGGCGAUCUGGGUGACCUUUCGCCGGCGCAGUUUACGCGUGUGAGUGAGAUCCAGUGUGAGACCGUUCAACAAGAGAACGCCGUCACCAAUCAGCUCUCAGAGUGGCAGCAGGAUGAGGCAUGCGACAUAUUAGGCGGGACAUGUGUGGACAAGAAGAUUGAACGGCUGGUAAAGAUCAUGGAGAAAGCAGAUGAACUCCGGCUAAAGACAUUAAAGGCGGUGGUGGAGCUACUGACACCGCAGCAGGCGGCCGAGUUCCUGAUCGCGGCCGCGCAGUUGCAUUUCGGGAUACAUCGGUGGGGCUUAAAUCACGAUCGUGAUCGUGAACGUGAACGUGAUCGUGGUCGUUCGGAGAAAUGAAAAUACAUUUCCGGCAACCAUUAAGGCUAUCUGACGGUUAUAAGCCUGCAACCGUCGCAGCCGCCAUCCGUUAUUGCAUUAAAAGUUCAUUGUAUUGUUUCUUAACUUGAAGAUUAUCUUUACAAACUAAAAAAAUUAUGAAAAAUUACGUUAUGGUAAUCAUAAUUUUGUAUAAAAUGAUGUCCUCUGAUUUUUUAUUAAAUUAAU